AUGUGCGAGAUAAUUUCAACGGUAUUUAAGAGACGUUCUCAUGGUGUAAUAGGGAUUAUUGAUGGAUGUCAUAUACCAUGCAAAGCUCCUAUAGAUAAUCCUAAUGAUUUCUACAAUCGAAAAGUUUUUCACUCUAUUAUCCUACAAGGACCGAGGCGCAUGCACGAUGCACGUGUAUUUAGACAGAGAGAAAUUUUUCAAAGGUUAAAACAUCACUUGUUACCACCUGAUCGUCAUAUUAUUGGCGAUGCAGCAUAUCCAUUACUAGUGAACUUAUUACCUUAUCGGGACACAGGCCAUCUUACUAGAAUUCAAAUAAUAUAUUGAAUACUAAUCUGUCUACUAUAAGAUCAAUGAUAAAACGAGGAUAUUCUUUUUAAAGGAUCAUAAUGAAACUAAUUAUGAAGAUGAUGAAGAAGAAGAAGACACUUCCUGUUAGAGGAAGAGCAAGAAGAGAUAGCAGUGGAAAGAGAAGUAAUAGAUAAUGAAGUGAUAAUAAAAAGGAAUGGAAUAGCGGAAUCAUUAAUACGAAAUAAUUAAUUGUACGAGUCGCACUUAAUGUACAAACUCUUUUAUUGUAAAACUUAUAUCUAUCUUUAUAUCACAUGUUGUACUAUAUUACAUCCAAAACUAAAUUAACAUGUCAAUA